AUGGAUCAGCGCGGCGCCCCCGAGUUCAUCCUAGAGGCCUUUGCCGAUCCUAGCUCGGUGCGCGACGUAGUUCGUGGAAUCCUCCACACCAUCUUCUUCCUCCGAUACUUCUCUGCCGUCCUCCCGCAGACUCGCGAUGUGCUCGGGCUCGAACUUGCAUACGUCCCCGAAGCCGAGAUCGAAACGCUCAUCGACCAGCGUGUGGCCGCUCUGGUGCGCCAACUCGAGUCGGAGCGCCACCAGUCCCAUGCACUAUCCGACAACCGCGGCGGCGGCCUCGGUCUUGGUUUACUAGGAGCGGGUACGCCUCCUUCGACGACCUCGAGCGGCGGAGGCGGUCGCGGGCAGGUCACCAUCCAAUUUCUAGAGAAGCGCCGGCGCAAGACGUGGUACGCCAUGCGCGGCGACGACGAGGUCUGCUGGGAGAGCUGGACAGUCAAAGUGACCGUGGCCGAUCCUCGGACAGAAGGCGAACGAGCCAAAGUCCGCCGCGCAUCCGAAACCACCCUGCACAACACCAUCAUGAAAACCAUCACACUAGCCAACGCCCACAAAGACCACAUACCACCGAUUACCACCUCCGACUCUAACCCUUUCCCCUACCAGAUCCACGUCGGCACCAAUGGUGGGAACAGCAGUCAACACUCUCCGCAACCACUACAGCAACAACAGCAGCAACGAAAGGAGGCUGCUGUCACCGCAGCUACCGGUUGGGCUACGCGCAUGGGGAUUUACUAG